AUGUUUGAUGGUGCUGCUUCUGAAAUUAUUCCUUCUUCAAUAACUUCAUUCCAUCAUUCCCAUGGAUUUGCAUCGAAUCAUAGGAAAUCAUUAGAUGAAAAUAGUUCAAUUGUUAGUUCAAGAGCAAGUUCUAUACGACGUGGUAGGGUGAAUAAUGAAAACCAUAGUUUAAAUAGAUGGAAAUCAUCAUCAUCAAAAUCAAUAUCAUAUUCAAGAUCAAGAUCACAAUCUAUUGAUUCAAGAUCACAAUUUAGAUUCUUCAAUCCUGAAGAUAUUGAAUUAGCUCAUGGUGCUUCAACUUUAGAUGACCCUGAGGAUCCAAUUGAUUAUGAUACAAAUUGGAAUAGUACUCCAAAUUAUGAACAUUCAACCUUGGAUGAUGAUGAUUUUAGAAGAACAAGUUUUUCAACCCAAGGGUCCAUACCAGAUUAUGGGUCUACAAUGGAUGAAUCUCAACAUACAAGAACUUCAUCUUCUCCAUCUGCUUAUUCUGCAAAUACUUUUAGAGAUCGUAUACCAAGUGAUGUAUCAAGUCGUCCUUUAUUAGAAUCUGAUAAUGAAUCAAAUCAAGAUGAUGAUUCUGCUCUAGAUCCAACAAGUUCAAAUGUUACUCAUAAUCAUCAACAAAACCUCCCACAUUUGAAUAACUAUAAAGAAUUAGAUGCUGAGUUACAUAAUCAUUAUUAUCCUGAUUAUCCAACAAAUUUACAUUUUCAAAGAUUUUAUAUUGCAGAAGAAGAUUUAGUUUUGGGGAUUGCAGGUUAUAAAACUUCAAAACCAAGAUUGUUCUUAUAUUACUUACUUUGUGUUUGUUCAUUUGGUUUAAUUUAUUUAUUAUUAAGAUGGUUACCAAAAUAUAAAUUUUCAAUUUAUGGUGAAAAAGUUCCCUUAGGGAAAUCUGAAUGGGUUGUUACUGAGACUGAACAUGGUGAAUUAAAUAUUAUUGAUGUUUCAAGACAAUGGUAUAAUAGAUCUUUAUCAACUGUUAUUAAUGUACCAAAUUUAUCAGUUGAUACUGAUGAUAUUAGAAAUGAAGAAAUUAAUAAUAACCUCAAUCCAAAUUUACCAAUUUUAAUUUCAUUUGAAUAUCGUUAUUUAAAUUUUUAUUAUUCUCCAGUAGAGGAUAUUUUCAAGACAAAUACAAAUUGGAUUGAUUAUAAUUGGAUUCAUAUAAAUAAAAUUAAAGAUGGUUUAGAUAAAUCUUCAUAUGAAGAUCGUUACUUAGUAUUUAAGGAAAAUUCAUUAAAUUUAAAAGAAAAAACAAAUAUGGAAUUAUUAAUUGAUGAAGUUUUACAUCCUUUUUAUAUUUUUCAAAUUUUUUCAAUAAUUUUAUGGGGAUUUGAUGAAUAUUAUUAUUAUGCUGGUUGUAUUUUCUUAAUUUCAAUUUUUUCAAUAAUAAAUACCUUAGUUGAAACAAAAUCCACCAUGACAAGAUUACAAAAUUUAUCAAAAUUUGAAUGUAAAGUUCGUGUUUGGAGAAAUGAUUUUUGGAAAGAAAUUGAUGCAUCAGAUUUAGUUCCAGGUGAUAUUUAUGAAAUUAGUGAUCCAUCAUUAGUUAAUUUCCCAUGUGAUUCAGUAUUAUUAUCUGGUGAUUGUAUUGUUAAUGAAUCAAUGCUCACGGGUGAAUCUGUCCCCGUGUCUAAAUUACCAGCAACAAGAGAAACUUUAGAUGUGCUAAUUAAAGAUUCUUUGAAAACUCAAAUUUCUCCAUUUUUGGCAAAAUCUUAUCUUUUCAAUGGUACAAAGAUUAUUAGAGUUAGACAUCCAUAUGGUGAUCCUGCAAUGGCUUUAGUUGUACGUACUGGAUUUUCAACAACAAAAGGUGCAUUAUUAAGAUCAAUGUUAUUUCCAAAACCUGUGGGUUUCAAAUUUUAUGAAGAUUCAUUUAAAUAUAUUGGAUUUAUGACAAUGAUUGCAUGUAUCGGAUUCAUUUUUUCAACAAUAAAUUUUAUUAAAUUAGGGUUAGGUCCAAGAAUUAUUAUCCUUAGAGCUUUAGAUAUUAUAACUAUUGUUGUUCCACCUGCAUUACCUGCUACAUUAACUAUUGGUACAAGUUUUGCCCUUGCCAGAUUAAAAUUGAAGAAUAUUUUUUGUAUUUCUCCAACAAGAGUUAAUGUUGGUGGGAAAUUAGAUAUUUUAUGUUUUGAUAAAACUGGGACAUUAACUGAAGAUGGUUUAGAUGUUUAUGGUGUUCAUGUUAAUAAUGAGCAUUUUAAUGAAUUAUUAACGAAUAUAAAUCAAAUCUCCCAUGAACAUUCUAAAUUAUUAGAAAAUUUAGUCUCGUGUCACUCCCUAAGAGUUGUUGAUAAUGAAUUAAUUGGUGAUCCAUUAGAUUUUAAAAUGUUUGAAUUUACAGGUUGGAAAUAUGAAGAAGAAUUUAAAGGUUUUACUUCAACAACAGAAGAAAGAUUUGAUGAUGCUCAAUUACCUGAAAAUAUGGGUAUAACUCCAUCAGUUGUUUAUCCAGAAAAUGAUCCACAACAAUUAUUAGGUAUUUUAAGAUCAUUUGAAUUUGUUUCACAAUUAAGAAGAAUGAGUGUUAUAAUUAAAAAAAAUCAAGAUUUUUCAAUUUUAACAAAAGGUGCACCUGAAGUUAUUAAAGAUAUUUGUAACCCCAAGACUUUCCCUGAAAAUUAUGAAGAUUUAUUAUAUCAUUAUACUCAUAAUGGUUAUAGAGUUAUUGCAUGUGCUGGUAAACCAUUACCAAAAAAUAAUUGGUUAUAUUCACAAAAAAUUACCAGAGAGGAAGCUGAAUCAAAUUUAGAAUUUUUAGGGUUUAUUGUUUUUGAAAAUAGAUUAAAACCAUCAACAACAGGUGUAUUAAAUGAAUUAUCUCAAGCAAAUUUAAGAACUGUUAUGUGUACUGGUGAUAAUUUAUUAACUGCUGUUAGUGUUGGUAGAGAAUGUGGUAUAGUUAAAGAAGAUUUAUGUUUUAUUCCUGUUUUCAAUGAAGAUGAUGGUUUAAUUUGGAGAGAAAUUGAUGAUGAAGAUUUAUCAUUAGAUUCUAAAACUUUAGAUCUUUAUGGAUCAAAUAAAUCUUUUAGUUUAGCAAUUUCAGGUGAUGUUUUCAGAUAUUUAUUAAAAAAUGAAUUAGGUUUAUUUUCUGAUGAAUAUAUUAUUAAAAUUUUAUUAAAAGCAAAUAUUUUUGCAAGAAUGUCACCAGAUGAAAAACAUGAAUUAGUUGAACAAUUACAAAAAUUAGAUUAUACUGUGGGGUUCUGUGGUGAUGGUGCAAAUGAUUGUGGUGCUUUAAAAGCUGCAGAUGUUGGUAUUUCAUUAUCAGAAGCUGAAGCAUCAGUUGCAGCACCUUUCACUUCAAGAUUAUUUGAAAUUAGUUGUGUUUUGGAUGUUAUUAAAGAAGGUCGUGCUUCAUUAGUUACAAGUUUUAGUUGUUUCCAGUAUAUGUCAUUAUAUUCUGCUAUUCAAUUUAUUUCAAUUACAAUCUUGUAUAAGCGGGGCUCCAACUUGGGUGAUUUUCAAUUUUUAUGGAUUGAUUUAUUUUUAAUUUUACCAAUUGCAAUUUUUAUGUCAUGGUCAAAUUCUUAUCAUAAAGUUGACCCAAAAAGACCAAGUGCAAAUUUAGUUAGUCCAAAAUUAUUAAUUCCACUUGUUGUUAAUAUCUUGAUUUUAUUAACAUUUCAAUUAAUUAUUUGGCUUUAUGUUCAAACUCAAACAUGGUAUGUUAAACCUAUACCAGGUGGUGAUGAUGCCGUGCAAUCAUCUGAUAAUACAGUUUUAUUUUUUUAUUCAAAUUUCCAAUAUAUUUUGUGUGCAAUUACAUUAACUGUUGGACCACCAUAUAGAGAACCUGCAAGUAAAAAUUUACCAUUUAUUGCAAAUAUUGUGAUUGCUUCAAUUUUAAGUAUGUUAUUAAUGAAUGUUAAUGUUGAUGGUUGGUUAGGUCAAUUAUUUCAAUUAACUGAAAUUUCUAUUGGAUUUAAAUGGUUAAUUAUAAUUUUUGCAUUGUUGAAUUAUUUGGCAAAUCAAUAUAUUCCACCUUUAUUUAAAAAAAUUUGGAAAAAAAGAGAAAGUCAUAAACAAUAUAAACGAAUUUUUAAAAAUCAUAAAGUUAUUGUAUAA